UGCUUCCUCGGGUACGUCCUGUUUGCUGUUUAUGAUGUUGGGAUUACCGCCACCUUCAUUGUUCUUGCCGAGGCCCGGCAAACCUGCGAUGUGCUGGCCGUCAUGGAAGAAAGCUUUCCGGAACUACUUAAUUGCGUCUGGUUUGGACAGCGAGUCCAGCGGUCGACGGAAGGCUAUCCUUUACCAUUGCCUUGGUUCGGAAGGCCAGAGAAUAUUCGACCUGUUACCUCUACCUGAUUCGCCUGCUCCCACGUCAGUGGGUUCCACGAGCACGGUACCAGAUGAAAUGGAACUUGCCCUGCAAGUUUUGGAUGCCCAUUACGCUUCUGCGGUCAACCCCAUUGCUGAGCGACACAGGUUUCGCCAUCGCCGUCAGCUACCCAGUGAGGCCAUCGACGACUACGCCAUUGCGCUUCGAGAACUUGCCAGUACCUGUGAUUUUGGAACGACACUGGACUCUAUGCUCCGCGACCAGAUUGUAGAGUCAACCAAUAUUCCGCAGCUACGCGACCGUCUUCUCCUAGAAGGGCAUUCCCUUACGCUGAGCCGGACGCUCGCACUGGCUCGACAAUUUCAACAGGCGCAGAAGGAGUCCCGAGAAUUUACAGUUGAAACGCAGCAAGAUGACGUUCAACGAAUAACGAGACAGGUGCAUGGGAAGUUACUUCAAGGGGCUCAACGCUACAGCAAACGCACGACAGGCAAAACUCAAUGCUUUCGUUGCGGCUCUUCUAAUCACCUAGCAAAUUCCUCGGCAUGCAAGGCCCGGAACCAAAGAUGUUUCUUAUGCAAUAAAACGGGGCGUUUCCGUUCCGUUUGCCGUUCUGCAGGACACCUACGAGAGUUGACUAGCGAGGAGCCUGCCCAGGAUACUCCUUCUUGUGCUGAUGCCCAGACUGUUCUGCACCUGGAACGUGGCGUUACUAAGAAGAAACCUGGGAUUUUCAUCACCUUGACAGUAUCGGAUAUAUACAUACGUUUCCUCAUUGAUACUGGAUCAUCCGUAUCGAUAAUGUCCGCUGACACCUACCAGACGCAUUUUUCAGCAAAGCACCCCUUGAAACCGCCGUCCGUAAAUCUGUAUGACUUCUCCAAGCACUGCAUUCCUGUUCAAGGAUGCUUCACGGUGACGGUGUCCUUCGCCGAUCGUUCGGCACACCUGACCUUCUACGUAGUGUCCCACGGGACUACCCUUUUGGGGAUGGAUGCUGUCACAUCUUUGGAUCUAUGCAUCGACGGCAUGAGUCACACCUGCUUCAGUACUACGACGUCGGCUCCUUCUGUACCGCCAGGCAUCUCAGUUGAGUUCGGGCACCUUUUCGACGGAACUCUUGGGCUGUGCAAGAAUUACAUCCACAAGGUGAAGACGCGCCCUGAUGUGAAGCCUGUUGCUGGGAAGCUACGCCGACUACCUCUCACUGUACGUCAACAAGUUUCCGAGGAAUUACGUUUGGAGGAGCAGGAUGUGAUUGAGAGGGUGACAGCCUCGGAAUGGGUCUCGCCAAUAGUUGUGGCGAAGAAAAAGGAUGGUUCUAUUCGGUUAUGCGUGGAUCUUCGUGAACCGAACAAAGCAGUCGUGCCGGACUGUUUUCCGUUGCCACAUACUGAUGAGCUGCUAAACGCAUUAGCCGGCGCUACAAAGUUUUCAAAGCUUGAUUUAUCAUCGGCGUACCACCAAGUGCCUCUUCACCCGGAUAGUAGAGACCUAACUGCCUUCAUUACUCAUGAUGGUCUUUUCCGUUUCAAGCGAGUAUGCUUUGGACUUGCCUCUGCACCAUCGGCAUUUCAACAUAUGAUGUCACUUGUACUGAAAAGUUGUACGGGCGUGCUCUUCUAUAUCGAUGACAUCAUCAUCUACGGACGGACUGAAGAGGAGCAUCAGAAGAACCUUUACCGCGUACAGCGAGAACUCCUUCGAGACUCCAAGCCAUUCGUAUGGACGUCAAGUGCGGAUGAAAGCUUCAAGAAAGUGAAGUCGGUGCUCAGCUCCUGUCCAGUCCUCCACAUGUUUGACCCACGACUCCCUGUGAUCGUGGCGACGGAUGCUUCGUCUUACGGACUGGGCGCCGUCUUGCAGCAACUUAAAGGGGACCAGGUUCGCACAGUUGCGUUUGCUUCUCGCACGUUGUCUCCCCUGGAGAGGAAGUUGUAG